AAUAUAUUUUCACAAAAAGUUGAAAAAUCUUUAUCAAUGUUUAUAUCAUUAAAACGAUAACGUAAUGAAAAUUUCAUAUAUAAACGAUCUUCAAUAUUAUAUAUUAUGAUUUCGUUCAAAACAUUCUACUGAUUGCUUUUGUAAACUAAUGAACCAACAUACUGAUUUACAGAAAUAUUAGCGCGAAACAAUGUUUCACUUUUCGGGAUUAACUUUCAUUCUAACGUAUUUCUGCAUUACUACGAGCAUUUUUGGAUCUCUUGAAGACGAACCCCAGUGCGUCUCAAGAUUUGACUAUGAAUUUAAAGUUGUUCAAAAACUAGCGGACCUGGAAAAUAAACCAAAAGAGCAACAGCAGACGACAGAAAGCCUCCAACAUAAAUGUACUGGUAAUGCCGUGUCUGAGAACCAGGUUGCCUUCUCUGCAUACCUUACAGGCGACAUGACUUCUGUUCCAAACCAUCGCAUUAUCAUCUUCAAUGAAGUCCAAACCAAUGUCGGUGAUGCUUAUAACGGUAAAACUGGAAUAUUUGUUUGCAGAAUUCCUGGAGUCUAUGUCUUUUACUGGGUAACAACCAAUAAAGACCAUACUUACAUGGAUUCGGAACUAGUAGUUAAUGGUGAAGAGCGGAGUCAGGCUUUCUCAGAUUCUGGAAAUCAUAAUGAUUACUCGGUGGCAUCAAAUGUCGUCACCACGGAGCUGAAGUUUGGGGAUCAAGUUUGGAUACGCAGUGGCACCUGGCACAAUGGCAAAAUAGGGGGUGAACGCAGAACGUCCUUCUCUGGCUUCAUGUUGUACAUGCGUUAAGAAUCAUCCCUAUAAUUCGGUACAAGAAUUUCAAACAUCACCAAUUCAUAGAAACAGGAAUCUUUGUGCAUAAAAAUUCAUUGACAUUAAACAAGUAAAUCAUUCUAUGAAACGAUUGACAAUUGACUGAUAUAUAUGUUCUUAAUUUUGGAAAAGGACCGAAUAAAGGGGCUACACUUUCAGAUACUGAAACACAUUUACAUACACAGCGUUUUCAAAGUACUGUUACGUAUAUCCGUUUUGAAGCAUUUGUAAUAAUGUCCCAAUGCUGAAAGCUCACAUAACUAGAUUAAAUAUCGUUUACAGCAAUUUUUUAAAAUGUUUAUCUAUUUUUUCAAAUGUCAUUUCUUUUGAAAGGGGGAAAUUCAUUUUGAGAAUAAUCUUAGCAUUCAAUAGUACGGAACAGUACGGGACAGUAUGAUAAAACAUGUAUUUGGACAGGUAAAUUGGUGGUUAAAUGUUGUUCGUUUACUGACCAACUGUAUGAAGUUUAUUUUAUGGUUUAUAUUCUCAUUUUGUGCAUUGAUAAAAAGUUCAGUAUAUUUUUUCUUUACAAUAUUUAGAUUUGAUUGCAAAUUAUAUUCUCUCAUAAAAUGCAUAUGAUGGAUAAAUACAAGCAAUGAUGAAGUCUUCCUGGAGUCCUUUUCUGGCAAUUUAUUUUUCCAUCAGUUGAAGUGGAAAAAUGAUUAUUAGCAUUCUAACUUAGAACUGCAGCUGUUUUGUCACUUGUGUGUAGGGUGUGUUUGUUUGUGUUCGCAGAGAUGCGCAGAACUUAUUUUUUAGAAACGCAAAAAAAAGAUACGGUCUUAUGCUCAUCUUUUUGCUACACUAAUUUGAAAAAAAAAUGACCUCACAUAAGUUUUCAUUAUUGGAGUCUAUCGGAAAAUCACAAUCUUGAUAACAUUUUCAUGAACUUUUUUUUUCAACAAUGUAGAUUUUAAUGAAACUUUCUCAUGAUUGUAUAUAAACAAAAGGCAAAUAAUAUGGUGAAAUAAAAUGUAUAGGUCCGUU